AAAACACCAAAGCAAACAUCUCCAAAAAAAAAAAAACUCACUCAGAAGAAUCAUUUUACAAACAACCAAAGAUAACGAUGAAGCCCAUUACGUUUCUCGUGGCUAUAACUACCGUCGCAGUCGUUCUCUCCACCGUCGGGGCAACGUCGUCGUCGUCGAUUGGCACGUGGCAGCCGAUAAAGAACCCAAACGACUUUCGUAUCAGGAUGGUCGCGGAGUACGCAGUUUUUAUGCACAACUUCAAAACCGAGUUCAAAUAUCCGUUGAGACUCGUGAGCGUUGAUAAGGGCAGCAUCCAGCAGUUUAAAGGUGGGUUGAUCUACACGCUCAUCGUGAGUGCGGCUCCAGUCGACAACCUCAGCUCCAAGGGG